UGCAAGAUGAAGUGAUGAAUAAAAACAAUACAACUGAAAAUGUUUUUGGUGAUAUUCAAGACGACAAGGUGUUGGAGGAGAGGAAUGAGUAUGCGGGGAACAAAUUCGAUGAUGAUGUGUUUGAUGUAAAUGAUUAUAGUGAAGUUAAAGAGGAGUGGGAGGAGAGGAAUGACAAUGCGGGGAACAAAUUUGAUGAUGAUGUGCCGGACGAAGACGAACUAAUAAUAACGGGAAUUGCAGAUUAUUUUGAUGAUGAUGACGACAAAGAAGUUACACCCGAUAAACCGAGGAGUCGAAAACCAUCACAAUAUUUGUGCCCUCCUUACACCGAGGUAUUCGUUUUAUUUAUAAACUGAUGAUUUUAUGUUUAUGUGAAUUAUCUGAAAGAUAUAGAUUUAAACAUUUGAAUAUUGUUUUUAGUUGCACACGACACCGGAGCAAAAAAGAAGAAC